AUGUUGAUUUCUCUGCUUCUGUUUUCGGCUCCGCUUCUUCUUGUUAUUGCCGAUACUCUUCUCCCUUCGGCUAUUCUAUCCGCCUCUUCUUCUUCUUCUUUGAUCUCUUUGGAAGCUCUCUCUUCCCAUUUCACUAACUACGACUUUCGGUACUCUCUUGUUGAUAUUCCGCUCAUCUCCAUUAUAAGAUCAGCUGUCAUAUUCUGCGUUUACAGCUUCUGUGACGGGCCAAGGCUUUCACAUGGACCAUAUUUGGGGAUCACAACCAUGUGUUCUCUGCUAUCUCUGGUGUUUGUUUCAUUGAAGGCUUCUUAUGUGUUUGGUGCUUCGGGUGUGGAAAGAGCAGAGUAUGUAAGAGCAACCGAAGUAGCUUUGUUCAUCUGCUCACUGGUUUUGGCUGUUGGGCAUAUUGUUGUGGCAUAUAGAACAAGUUGCAGGGAAAGAAGGAAGCUUUGGGUCUACAAAAUUGACAUUGAAGCUGUUUCAGCUUGCAAAAAUGGGUUCCCUGGAUAUCAGAAGCUCCUUCAAGAAGAAAGAGUGAAGUGA